AGUUGACAAGAAGGCUUGACAAAUAUGGAAAAAUUAUAAUGUACAGACUGUAAAACAGAAAAAGCUGAAAGUAUGAGCAUAUAGGAUUAUAAAUAUAUAUAUUAGGUAACACAGAACUAGUUGUUUUCAAAAUUUAUGUUUGAAUCAAAAUUCGAAACAAGUUAAGAAAUUCAUUUAUGGCAGAUAUUGCGAUGUGUCUGAAGCGUGGUCGCAUGGCCCCUGCAUUAGUAAUGAACAGGUUUACUAAAGUUAAGGUUUGCCGACGAUCGCUGCAAGUGGGCAGAGCUCUCAAAGGAGAGGAUAAAUCUGACAAGGCUGCAUCGGAUAGCUUUGCCAAUGGCAGCAAUGCCACCUACAUUGAUAGGCUGUAUCGCAAAUGGGUCAAGGAUCCAAAUUCAGUGGAUGAGACGUGGCACAAUUAUUUUGCAGGCAAGCGCCACACUAUUAAACAGGAUCAACAGACGAGGAGACGGAAAUGGGAGCCCACAGCAGCUGGACAGAGCGGUGCGUCUACAAAGGCUGCUCCGAAAGCUGACUGGAAAUACAUUGAUGAUCAUUUGGCGGUGCAGUCCAUUAUCCGUGCAUAUCAAACACGUGGUCAUCUAGCUGCCGAUCUCGAUCCAUUGGGCAUUGUCGGACCCACAGGUCAUUCGCUCUCUUCCGAUGAUAAGAAGCGCCAGGCAACCAAGGCGGUGCUGCGCCAGCAUUACUCCUAUGCUUUUAACGACUUGAACGCUCUCUUCAAGCUGCCGAAGACCACGUCAAUUGGUGGUGACGAAAAGUUCCUGCCGCUUACAGAGAUUUUAGAUCGCUUAGAGCGUGCAUAUUGUAGUCAUAUAGGCGUAGAGUAUAUGAUGAUAACAUCGGUCGUGAAAAGCGAAUGGAUACGCAAGCACUUUGAGGUGCCUGGAAUUGUCAGUUUCACUGCUGAAGAGAAGAAACUCAUACUUGAGCGUCUGACACGCUCGACGGGCUUUGAGAAUUUUUUGGCUAAGAAGUUCUCAUCGGAGAAACGUUUUGGACUCGAGGGCUGUGACUCCAUGAUACCCAUUAUGAAGGAGAUUAUCGAUCAGUCGAGCAGAUUGGGCGUGAAGUCGGUGCACAUUGGCAUGGCACAUCGCGGGCGUCUAAAUGUCCUGUCAAAUGUUUGUCGCAAACCGUUGAGCGAGCUCUUAUCGCAAUUCAAUGUCAUUUCGGCCAGCGAUUGGGGCUCCGGUGACGUCAAAUAUCAUUUGGGUACGUUCACAAAGCGUUACAACCGACAAACGAAGAGGCCUGUGCGCAUAACAGUUGUGGCCAAUCCCUCGCAUCUGGAGUUUGUCAAUCCUGUUGUGCUCGGUAAGACCCGUGCCGAGAUGUAUAGGCGCGGCGAUUAUCAGGGCAAUAAAGUGCUACCCGUGUUGAUACAUGGAGAUGCCUCGUUCUGUGGCCAAGGCAUUGUCUUCGAGUCCAUACACUUGUCAGAUCUGCCCGAGUAUACCACACAUGGAACAAUUCAUGUGGUCAUCAACAAUCAGGUAGGCUUCACCACUGAUCCGCGCUAUUCGCGCUCCUCUCGCUACUGCACGGACGUGGCGCGAGUUGUGAAUGCACCCAUCUUCCACGUGAAUGCCGAUGACCCAGAGGCGUGUGUGUACUGCGCUCGCGUUGCAGCCAAGUGGCGUGCCAAGUUCCACAAGGAUGUUGUCAUCGAUAUCGUUGGCUAUCGUCGCAACGGGCACAAUGAAGCGGACGAGCCCGCCUACACGCAGCCUUUAAUGUAUCAACGCAUACGUAAACUAAAGCCCUGCACACUCAAGUAUGCCGAGAAGCUGGUCAACGACGGAGUCAUCAAAAUGGAGGAAUAUGACGCAAUGAACGCCAAGUACGAGAAGAUAUGCAACGAUGCCUUCGAAGAGUCUAAGAAAAUUAAGACAUUCAAGAAUUCACUCUGGCUCGAUUCGCCCUGGCCUGGUUACUUCCAAGGCCGCGAUCGUUUCAAGAUGUGUCCAACCGGCGUUAAUAUCAAGGUUUUGAUGUAUAUUGGCAAAUGGUUUUCCUCACCGCCGCCCCCAGAGAUAAGUUUCACAGUGCACAAAGGCAUUAUGCGUAUUCUGAGCAUACGUAAGAAACUGGUACAGGACAAAGUAGCGGAUUGGGCGUUGGGCGAGGCCUUUGCCAUUGGCUCCCUCGUAAAGGAUGGCAUACAUGUGCGCUUAUCUGGACAGGAUGUGGAACGCGGCACGUUCGGGCAUCGACAUCACGUGCUGCACGAUCAGACUAAGGAUAAGUCGAAAUUCAAUAUUCUUCAGCAUCUCUAUCCAGAUCAGGCGCCAUAUGAUGUGUGUAACAGCUCGUUGUCGGAAUGCGCCGUCAUGGGCUUUGAUCUCGGCUAUUCGAUGGCCCACCCCAGCAUGCUGGUCAUCUGGGAGGCACAAUUUGGCGAUUUUGCCAACACAGCCCAGGCGAUCAUCGACCAAUUUCUAGCCAGCGGUGAGACGAAAUGGGUACGACAAUCUGGCUUAGUUUUAUUCUUGCCGCACAGCAUGGAGGGCAUGGGUCCAGAGCAUUCGUCUGGUCGCAUUGAACGUUUCCUGCAGUUGAGCAACGAUGAUCCAGAUACGUUUCCGAUUAUGUGCGAUGCCGACUAUGAGGUGCGUCAGUUGCUGAAAUGCAAUUGGAUCGUUACCAAUUUGUCGACGCCGGCAAAUCUCUUUCAUGCUUUGCGCCGACAGGUGGCCCUGUCCUUUCGUAAGCCAAUGAUCAAUUUCUCGCCCAAAUCGCUGCUGCGUCAUCCGGCAGCACGCAGUCCGUUUCGCGACUUCAACGAGUGCAGCUCCUUCCAGCGCAUCAUACCCGAUAAGGGCAAAGCGUCUUACAAUCCCGAAUCUGUUGAACAGCUGAUCUUGUGCUCCGGCAAGGUAUAUUAUGAUUUGUUCAAGGAGCGUGAGGAUCACGACCAGGAGGCAACCACUGCUUUAGUCCGUGUAGAGCAGCUCUGCCCCUUUCCAUUCGAUUUGAUCUACAAGCAAAUUGAGUUGUAUCCGAAUGCCAAUCUCUAUUGGGUGCAGGAGGAACACAAGAAUCAGGGCGCCUGGUCCUACGUCCAGCCGCGCCUAGACACCGUACUCAUAGAGUUGCAAGCCAAUGAACGCUGCUUCCUUUAUCGUGGACGCCCACCAAAUUCGGCUUCGGCCACGGGUAUCAAAGCGCAUCAUAAAGCCGAAUAUAAUGAUCUUAUUACAAGUAUCUUUGGCAACCUAACUGAAGCGAACAAAUGCCGUAUGGAGGAGAAGAUGAAAUCGGCGAAAGCGAAGUCACUAAAAGAAGCUGAAGAUAGCUUGUCCAAAGCAAAGCUGCUAAAAACAAAAAAGAAUGAUAAUGAUCCUAAGGGAGACAAUUCAGACACACCGGCUAAGUCAAAAACUAACAAGGAGGACAGUGAUCCUAAGGGAUCGAAUUCAGACACACCGGCUAAGCCUAAGCCGCAAAAUAACUCAGAUAAGACAUCUUCAAAAGAAGCUCCAUCUCCAGAAAAGGAUCCAUCGCCAUCAACACCGCCAGCAGCCCCAACACCGCCAGCAGCCUCAACAAAGCCAGCAGCCUCAAAAAAGCCAGAAUCAUCGGCAAUGCCACAACGUAAAUCUACUCCAAGUGAACCAGCAGGACAACCUCAGUUAAAAGCUAAAAAGCCAAAUGCUUCAAGUCAAAACGAAAAGUUAGCACAGAAAGAAAUAAUGCCCGAUGGGAAGCGGUCACAGACGCGUAAGCAAAAGCAUAGUAAGUCUGCCAAAGAUCCCAUGCGAGCGAAAAGUGACAAGAAGCAGGCAAAACCAUCGAAAAGAAGCACAGAUGAAUCUUCAUCAGAAGAUUAUUGGUAGCUUGGAACUCUUACGAACAAAAAUAUCUUUACUUAUUUAUUACUUAACCUAAAAUAAUUUUGAAUCAGUGCA